UCCCACCCCUCGAUCUCAACUUCUCAAAGUCCCCGAAAUCCUUUCCCAAUAUUCAAAAACCAUAAACCCUAAUCCCUGAAACUUCAGCAAAUCGGCCGCCUUCAGCAAUGAGCAGGAUCCUCGACGGCGUGAGUUCCAAAGGCGGCAGCAAGACCUCCGGCGUGUUCGACCUCACCCCACACAAGAUCGCCAUCUGCCACCUCAUCCAAGUCUUCGCUCCGCCAGCUCAGCAGUCCGUCCCCUUCCCCUUUCAGUCUGCUUCUCAGCACAAUCGCCUCGGCCUCUUCCUCUUCUCUCUUACUAGGUCCUGUGAUGAUUUUCUGGAACCUUCUCUUGAAGAACUUAUCAACCAGUUGAAGGCAAUUGAUGGGUUAGUCAAUGAUUGGUUAUGUGAUCAGUUGAUGAGCAGUCUAUCGUCAUUGACUUCACCUGAUGAUUUAUUUAACUUCUUUGAUAAGAUACGGGGUGUACUUGCAACUCCCGAUGGUGCACAUGUGGAAGAUGAUCAGAUCUUUUUGGAUCCAAAUAGCCACUUGGGUGUGUUCCUGCGUUGCUGCCUACUGGCUUUCAAUCUCCUGGCUUUUGAGGGUGUCUGCCACCUUUUGACCAAUAUAGGCACAUAUUGCAAUUCAGCAGCUUCUACAUAUGAGUUACCUGAAGAAGAUGAUUAUGAUUUUGAAUCAGAGUAUGACAUUGAAGCUGUAAAUCAAGACCUUGAAGAUGACAUUCAUCAGAAGUUCGUCCAUGAAUUUGAAGCUGAUAUGUGUGCUGGAGAAAGUUCUGAAUUAAAUCUAUCUGCUCCGAGAUCAAUUUAUGAACACGUUGAAGUUGCUGCCAUUCCUAAGCUGAAGCACGCUGUUGAUGGUGCUCAGAGUGAUGAGUCUGCAUUCUUGCUGAAUGAUGCAUAUAAAAAUGACGAACACCAGGGAUUUUUGCGCUCAAAGUGGCAAGUAGAAGGAUAUCUAAAUAUGCAGGCAGAUUUGCUCGAGAAGUACACUAGUUCAUUUCCCUUGAAAUCAUUCGAUGAUAUUCUAAAGAAAAUUGAAAAAUUAGCUCCUGAACUGCAUCGUGUCCGGUACUUGCAAUACUUGAAUGGUCUUUAUCGUGAUGAUUAUCUUGCUGCUUUGGAUAAUCUUCAUCGGUAUUUUGAUUACAGUGCGGGGAUGGAAGCAAUUUUUGGACGUUCAGCUGUUCCACAGUCUCGGUCUGAAAUGUGUUUAGGAAGAUAUGAAACUGCUUUAUUGUCCUUAGGUACGAUGCAUUGUCAUUUUGGGCAUUCAAAGAAAGCUUUGGAGGCUUUUACUGAGGCAGUACGGAUUUCUCAGCAGAACAACGAUGAUCCAUGUCUUGCUUAUACUUUAGCAGCAAUCUGCAAUCUCUUGUCUGAAAUAGGCAUUUCAAGCUCAACAGAAAUCAUUUGGUCUCCGCUAGGGACUAGUACAGGUCUAUGUACACCUUUGUCCGCUCAGCAACAACUGUUCCUUCUGUUGAAAAGGUCUUUAAAAAGGGCUGAUACUUUGAAGCUGAUAUGCCUGGUUGCUUUCAAUCAUCUUGCGUUGGCAAAAUUUGGUCUUAAGCAUGUGGAAAGACCACUCAUUUCAUUUGGUCCAAAAACUACCACGAUACUCAGAACAUGGCCUGGUAAUGUUUGUAAGGAAUUGAGGUUAAGUUCUCAUGUGCUAAGUGAAAUCGGAUCAGAUGGUUUAUCGCAGCCAAAUGAUGAUGGCUCUUUUAGUACAUCAUGGCUUAAAAACCUUGCAGCUGCUACUAGUCUGUCGUGCACAAACUCGCAGAAAGCAAAGCGCUCUUUUGCUAAUGAUUACGACGUAUUUCACUUUGGCGCCCAGCCAAAUCCAAUUCCUGCUUCUGUUUUGCGAUUAGCCGGUUCAUCAUAUUUGCUCAGAGCAACUUCCUGGGAGCUAUAUGGAAGUGCUCCACUAGUUCGAAUAAAUUCAUUGGUUCAUGUGACCUGCUUUGCUGAUGCUGCUAGCUCAUCUGACCUAUCACUGGGAUAUGCCAAGCUUAUCAAACAUUUAGCAGUCUUUAAAGGAUACAAAGAAGCCUUCAAAGCACUUGAGCUCGCAGAAGCAAAGUUUUCUCCAGAAUCAAACAAACGCAUGCAGCUUCUCAGGCUACAGUUACUGCAUGAGCGUGCUUUACAUCGAGGACAACUGAAACUUGCCCAGCAAGUAUGUGACAAGUUUGGGGUGCUAGCUUCACCUGUAAGUGGAGUGGACAUGGAGAUCAAAACAGAAGCAAGCAUCCGGCAUGCUCGUACUCUAUUAGCUGCCAACCAAUUUGACCAGGCUGCAGAUGUUGCACACUCUCUCUUCUGCACAUGCUACAAUUUCAAUUUGCAGGUUGAGAAUGCGACAGUUCUUCUCUUGCUUGCGGAGAUACACAAGAAAUCAGGCAAUGCUGUUCUAGCUCUCCCUUAUGCACUAGCCAGUCUGUCAUUUUGCCAGUCGUUCAACUUAGAUUUGCUUGGAGCAUCUGUUGCCCUUACGCUUGGCGAGCUGUGGCUGUCUCUCGGGUCAAACCAUGUGAAGAGAGCAUUAGAUUUUUUCUAUGCACAUGGAACUUUUCCGCUAAUUCUGGGUCAUGGUGGACUAGAACUCCGUGCACGUGCAAAUAUCACACUUGCAAAGUGCCACUUAUCAGAUCCAAACUUUUCAAUUUUUGAAGAUCCUUACAGUGUGUUAGAUCCACUCGAGCAAGCUGCCGAGGAGUUGGAAACUUUAGAGUACCAUGAGAUGGCUGCGGAAGCAUAUUACUUGAUGUCUGUGACCUAUAAUAAGCUCGGGGAAGAAGAGGAAAGGGAGGACGCAGCGGCUUCUUUCAAAAAACAUAUACUUGCAUUGCAAAAUCCGCAGCAUGAAGAGGACCCACUUAUUAAUCUAUUGUGAAGGGAUCACCCAUCACCAUUGUCCUGGCCUGGAUUCUGAGGAGAUGCCCUAGCUCUGGCGCUGUGCGAGAUUGUACAAAGGAAAAAAUUAAUUAAAAGAAAAAGGAGAAGAGAUAAUUAGUUUUUGAUUAUCCUUCAGUUACAUUCUUUUAUCUCACCAGCUUCAUAGCUCCCCUGAGCCAAAUGGUGGUCCUCCUGUAUACCGAGUUGUGCCGGAAAUCAAUAUUUCUCGCUGUGCGUCGGUAUGGAGAGGUUAAACAGAUAGCUGCCGUUUCCGACUCAAUACACAGGAUGUGUGUUUUGUAAUGUUCACAAUAUUGCUAUAUGUAAUUUGUUGUAUUAUUAUAUCAAUCAUAGUACUCGGUUGCAAAUUA